UUAAAAGAAAAGUACCUAGAAUUUAUACGUGUAAACAAUGAUGAUGAUAUUGGUAGCAAUUAUUUAAUAAGCAGCAGUUUAAAGAGAUGGGUUAAAGAAAAUACCAAUUCUAAAGGAAAUUCUAACAUUGUCAUGGUUGUUAUGAAUGCGAUUGAAAAUCUAUAUUUCUUGCCUUUCAAGCUAUUACUUAGUAAUUAUAGUAACUACAAUGAUGGCUUUAUUGGUGAAAAA